AUGAUGAUGAUUUUUGGUUCUAUACUUGGGAAUCUCCCGAUGCUGGAGACAGGAGACUCUUUGACAUUAUUUACUGCUGAUGGUUUGUUUCAAAUUGGAGGAAACCUUGUCCCACGCCGUAUUUCUUUGUCUGAUAAGAAGCAAGGAAAGGUAGAAGUGUCACAAAGAUUACGAUGUUUUCAAGAAAGUAAUUACAUGGAUCCAAGUCAAGGUCUGUGUUUGGGUGCGCUCUUUGACAUCGCAGCAACAAAUGGACUUGAUACGGGCAGAAGACUUUGUAUCUUUGGCUUCGGUUGCUCCAUUGAGAUGCUUAGUGAUGUUGUGGAAGACACUGUUCUGGAGCACGGUGGAGAGGUACAUUCUAUUUUGGCUACAGAGAAAGCAUCUAAGGGCGGGUUGCAUGAAAAACUAACCAUGACGGUUGUUGUGCCAUUGCUUUGGGGAGUUCCUCUAACUUCUGAGACCUUUCACCUUACUGUUUGUAGCGGUGGAGGGAUAGUAGAUAAGGUCUAUUGCAAUGGGACUUCCUGUAAAUAA